AACACAGGCAGUAGAAGGGUAGACGACGCGAUCCUACUUGGCGCUAUCCUCACCGUACACUACUACAAAUCAUAAACACUCUCAUCCGGAUCUCUCCGUGGGAGGAUUUCGUGGGAAAUGGACCAAUGGAUAUACUUUCUGUAGCCCCAAACACGGGAGACUGGUGCGUAUCGGAAGAGGAGCGCUGAUGCAGAGAACAAUGAAGGAGAUGAGGAACGGUGGCGAUUCGUUGGUGGAUGUGGAGGGUAAGUCUGGUUUUGGAGGUGGUCUUGAGGAUGUGUACGGUGAGGAUAGGGUCACCGAGGAUCAGCUGGUUACUCCCUGGACCGUCUCUGUUGCUAGUGGGUACACAUUGCUGCGGGAUCCACGCCACAACAAAGGGCUUGCCUUCACUGAGAAAGAGAGAGAUGCCCAUUACCUGCGUGGCCUUCUGCCUCCGGCAGUACUUUCUCAGGAGCUUCAGGAAAAGAAGAUAAUCCACAAUCUUCGCCAAUAUAAAGCUCCAUUACAUAGGUACAUGGCCAUGAUGGAUCUUCAGGAAAGAAAUGAAAGGCUGUUUUACAAGCUCCUAAUUGAAAAUGUCGAGGAACUACUUCCAGUUGUCUACACUCCAACUGUUGGUGAGGCUUGUCAGAAAUAUGGGAGCAUUUUCAGGCGUCCUCAGGGCCUUUACAUCAGUUUGAAAGAGAAGGGGAAGAUCCUUGAAGUCCUGAAAAAUUGGCCGGAGAAGUCUGUUCAAGUUAUUGUUGUGACUGAUGGUGAGCGUAUCUUAGGGCUUGGGGAUCUUGGCAGCCAGGGAAUGGGGAUUCCUGUUGGAAAACUCUCUCUGUAUACAGCACUAGGAGGAGUUCGUCCUUCAGCAUGCUUGCCGAUAACCAUUGACGUUGGCACAAACAAUGAGCAGCUGUUGAAGGAUGAAUUUUAUACUGGGCUUAGGCAUAAGAGGGCAACGGGGCAGGAAUAUACAGAGCUGCUUGAUGAGUUCAUGUGUGCAGUUAAACAGAACUAUGGGGAGAAGAUUCUAGUACAGUUUGAGGAUUUUGCCAACCAUAACGCAUUCGAGCUGCUGUCACGAUACCGCUCAACUCACCUUGUCUUUAAUGAUGAUAUACAAGGUACAGCAUCUGUGGUAUUAGCAGGGAUUAUUGCAGCCUUGAAAUUAGUUGGUGGAACCUUAGCUGACCAAACUUUCUUGUUCCUCGGUGCUGGAGAAGCUGGAACUGGCAUAGCGGAGCUUGUUGCACUGGAAGUGUCAAAACAGACAAAAGCUCCACUGGAACAUACCCGCAAGAAGAUCUGGCUUGUGGACUCAAAGGGACUGAUUGUUAGCUCCCGUCGGGAGUCGCUUCAACACUUUAAGAAGCCAUGGGCUCAUGACCAUGAACCUGUUAAGGGACUCUUAGAUGCUGUCAAGGCAAUCAAGCCAACAGUGCUGAUAGGAUCGUCAGGAGUGGGAAAGACUUUUACAAAAGAGGUGGUUGAGGCCAUGGCAUCUUUCAAUGAGAAACCUCUUAUUCUAGCUCUCUCCAAUCCAACUUCACAAUCAGAGUGUACAGCUGAAGAAGCUUAUACAUGGAGCAAGGGCAGAGCAAUCUUUGCCAGUGGAAGCCCAUUUGAUACUGUCGAGUAUGAUAGGAGGGCUUUUGUGCCCGGCCAGGCCAACAAUGCUUACAUCUUUCCUGGUUUUGGUUUGGGUUUGAUCAUCUCUGGUGCAAUUCGAGUGCAUGACGACAUGCUUUUGGCAGCCUCGGAAGCUUUGGCUGCACAAGUGACACAGGAAAACUUUGAUAAGGGGCUGAUUUACCCACCAUUCUCCAAUAUCAGAAAGAUAUCGGCCCACAUUGCUGCUGAUGUGGCUGCCAUGGCAUAUCGACUUGGUCUUGCUUCUCGUCUCCCUCAACCAAAGGAUCUUGUCAAGUAUGCAGAGAGCUGCAUGUACACCCCAAUUUACCGAAGCUAUCUUUGAAAUUCCUCCAUUUGUAAGUUUCAACUUACCCGAGCAUCUAACAGCUCCCCAGGGUGAUUGGUUUUCCUUAGUCCUCUAGUUCGUGAAGUGCAGUCAGCGAUGCGAUGUUGCUAUUAGGAUGAUAAGUAUUUUGUUUCCCUUUUUCUUCAAAGAUAAGGGGGGGAAAUAAACGAUUUUUUACUCUUA